CCUGACAGGCAUUGCAACCCACGCAGUAGGUUUAUUUUCUUUACAGACGUGGGGAUCGAAGUUCAAUGCCACUUCAGGGCACUGCUGAUGAAAAGAAUUUUCUCAAAGUACACCUUUAAACAGUGUUGGCUGUCAGCUGUUGGAAGUAUCUCAGCAAAAUACCGCUUGGCGACUUUAAAGACAGCGGUUACCCACCUGCUCCCCCCAAAGAGCCUGGAGAAACAGCUUCUGGGGCCCAGUUGUGGAGGUGAGGCGGGGCCCAUCGAGGAAAAAGUGGGAUCAGGAUCAACACACGCUUACUGUGACGUACUGAAUGGAGAACUUUCUCCCUUUGAACUUUGCGUAAUAAAGUCAUUUUGCUCACGUUGGAGAUCGCUUGUUCGGCCACGAUGGCCUUUCAGGACCUCCUGGAUCAAGUUGGAGGCUGGGGGAGAUUCCACAUCCUUCAGAUGGUUUUCUACAGCAUCUGCAACCUCGUAGUGUGCCCUCACGUUUUAUUGGAGAGCUUCACUGCAGUCGUCCCCGGUCACCGCUGCUGGGUCCACAUCCUCGACAAUGACACGGUCUCUGCUAACAGCACUGGGAUCCUCAACCAAGACGCCCUCCUGAGAAUCUCCAUUCCACUGGACUCAAACCUGAGGCCAGACAAGUGUCAUCGCUUCCUCCACCUGCAAUGGGGGCUCCUUCACCUGAAUGGGACCUUCCCUAACACAAAUGAGCUGGACACGGAACCCUGUGUGGACGGCUGGGUGUAUGACCAGAGCUCCUUUCCCUCCACCAUCGUGACGGAGUGGGACCUGGUGUGUGAAUCUCAGUCACUGAAAUCAGUGACCAAAUUCUUAUUCAUGGCUGGCAUGUUGGUGGGAAACAUCGUAUUUGGCCAUUUAUCAGACAGGUUUGGGAGGAAGUUAAUUCUCAGGUGGUGUUUCCUCCAGCUCGCCGUUACUGACACCUGUGCAGCCUUCGCGCCCACCUUCUUCAUUUAUUGCACCCUACGCUUCUUGGCUGGCUUUUCUACCAUGACCAUCCUGACAAACUCUGUGAUGCUCAUUGUAGAAUGGACAGUGCCCCAAUUCCAAGCCACGGGAAUAGCAAUGACCAUCUGUGGUGCUUGCGUAGGACAGAUGAUCCUGGGAGGACUGGCUUUUGCCAUUCGAGACUGGCAUACCCUUCAGCUGGUGUCUUCUGUACCAUUAUUUGUCCUUUUUCUUUCCUCAAGGUGGCUGAUGGAGUCUGCUCGGUGGCUGAUUAUGACCAACAAACCCGAGGAGGCCUUAAAGGCACUUAGAAAAGCUGCACUCUGGAACGGAAGGAAGAAUGUUGGAGACACCCUAACCAUGGAGGUUUUGAGAUCCAGCAUGCAAGAGGAGCUAGAGGCAGCACAGAAAAAAAUUUCUCUGCGUGAUAUAUUCCGCACGCCUACACUGCGCAGAAGGAUCUGUUUGAUGUCCUUUGUGAGGUUUUCAGUCUACAUGUCUUUUUAUGGCCUGGUUCUCCACAUCCAGCACAUUGGAAGCAAUGUUUUCCUGUCCCAGGUUCUCUUUGGCCUAGUCAACAUCCCAUCCAGUUACACUGCGGUUUUGGCACUGAAUCAUAUAGGCCGUCGAACAUGCCAGAUGAUUUUCGUUUCCUUCCUUGGAAUCUCCAUUCUGAUCACCACAUUUCUGCCCAAAGAAAUGCAGACCCUGCGUCUUUCUUUGUCAACCCUGGGAGUCGGAGUUUGUGCAGCAGCGAUUGUGAGUUCUUCUACCCAUGGAAACGAACUAAUCCCUACCGUAAUCAGGGCAACUGUUACAGGAAUCCUGGGGAUUGCUGCUUAUAUUGGGGCAGCGCUGUCUCCCCUCUUGAUGAUCCUAACUGUGUAUUCUCCCCACCUGCCCUGGAUCACGUAUGGAAUCUUCUCCAUCCUCGCUGGUCUUAUUGUCUCACUCCUUCCUGAAACCAGGAAUCAACCUCUGCCUGACUCCAUCCAGGAUGUGGAAAAGGAGAGAAAAGCCUCAAGAAAAGUAAAGCAGGAAGAUCCCUUCAUGAAAGUGACACAGUUUUAAGGAAUUCCAGGAAAUAACUGCUACUCAAAGAGUAAGAUAGGAGAAGGAAAAUCAGGACCGUUCCCAGAAAUUGGAAAAGUUUGUAAAAUAAAGGAAAAAGAUAGAAUGGAAUAACAGAUCCCAUUUACAAUUGCAGGACUAAGUAACUAUGGAUAAAAUAUCUACAAUCAAUCAAAAUAAGAAGUUUGAGAAAAGGCGUGAUACUUUUGAAACAAGAUUUUAUUAUCCAAGUCUAGUUGACAUGCAACGUUAUAUUAAUUUCAGGUACACCACAUAGUGAUACAAUUCUCUAUAUUAAAAGUCAUAAUAUUUUUAAAGGAGUCAUAGUAAAAUAUAUGUAAAAUUGUAGACCUCCAGCAUGUUUCUGGAUAGAAAGAUGGGAUAGUAUUAAAGACACUGAUUCUUGAUUCCAAAACCAGACAAAGACCCCACUAAAAAGGAGAACGACAGACCAAGAUCCCUGAUGAAAACUUGGAUGCAAAAAUUCUCAACAAGAUACUAGCCAGCCGGGUCCAAUAAUACAUUAAAAGAAUUAUUCACCACGAUUAAGUGGGAUUUAUACCUGGGAUGCAGGGCUGGUUCAAUAUCCACAAGUGAAUCAAUGUGAUACAUCACAUCAAUAAAAGAAAGGACAAGAACCACGUGGUCCUCUCGAUAGAUGCAGGGAAAGCACUUGACAAAAUACAGCAUCCUGUCUUGAU